AUGGCUUCAUCCGCCGCCCAGAUUCAAGUCCUCUGCGGAAAUGGAAUCGUCACUUGUUCCUCCAAGAGGAAUCUCAAUGCCAAAGGUAGAUUCAUGCCAAGAAGCGCCUUCUCCGUCACAAGAAAUGCCCCAAAUUCUGCCUUAAUGAGAAAGAAUAACGAGAAGGUCGUCGGAAUCGAUUUAGGUACGACUAACUCCGCCGUGGCUGCAAUGGAAGGAGGCAAGCCUACGAUUGUGAAGAACGCUGAGGGCCAGAGAACGACUCCGUCUGUGGUGGCCUUCACGAAGAACGGUGAGCGGCUUGUGGGGGUAGUUGCAAAGCGGCAAGCCGUUAUUAAUCCGGAGAACACUUUCUUCUCGGUGAAGAGGUUUCUCGGUAGAACGAUGGAGGAGGUAGCCGAGGAGUCUAAGCAGGUUUCCUAUAGAGUUGUUGAGGAUAAGAACGGAAAUGUCAAGCUGGAGUGUCCUGCCAUUGGCAAACAAUUUGCUGCUGAGGAGAUCUCAGCUCAGAUCUUGAGGAAACUCGUUGAUGAUGCCUCAAGAUUCUUGAGCGUUAAUGUAACCAAGGCAGUCAUCACUGUGCCUGCUUACUUCAACGACUCGCAGAGGACAGCUACAAAAGAUGCUGGUCGCAUUGCUGGUUUGGAAGUUCUUCGUAUUAUCAAUGAGCCCACAGCUGCUUCAUUGGCUUAUGGGCUUGAGAGAAAAAGCAAUGAAACGAUUCUAGUCUUUGAUCUUGGUGGUGGUACCUUUGAUGUCUCUGUGCUUGAAGUUGGCAAUGGUGUGUUUGAAGUGCUUGCUACUUCUGGUGACACACAUUUGGGUGGUGAUGAUUUUGACAAGAAAGUUGUUGCAUGGCUUGCUUCAAAAUUCAAGAAAGAAAAUAAAGGCAUUGAUCUUCUAAAAGACAAGCAAGCACUCCAGAGAUUAAUAGAGGCAGCAGAGAAAGCUAAAAUUGAGCUCUCCUCGCUGUCGCAGACAAAUAUUAGCUUGCCAUUUAUCACGGCCACAGCUGAUGGACCUAAACACAUCGAAACAUCUCUCACGCGUGCAAAGUUUGAAGAAUUGUGCUCAGAUUUACUUGACAGGUGUAAGACUCCCGUUGAGAAUUCACUGAGGGAUGCGAAGCUCAGGUUUAAAGAUAUUGAUGAAGUGAUCCUUGUUGGUGGAUCCACACGUAUUCCUGCUGUUCAGGAAGUUGUGAGGAAGCUGACUGGUAAAAAACCUAACGUCACAGUAAAUCCUGAUGAGGUUGUAGCUUUAGGUGCUGCUGUCCAGGCUGGUGUUUUGGGAGGAGAUGUGAGUGGCAUUGUGCUUCUUGAUGUGACACCACUUUCGCUUGGCACGGACAAAAUUGGUGGUCUUAUGGUUAAGAUUAUUCCAAGGAACUCUACACUGCCUGCUCGUAAAUCAAAAUCUUUUACCACUGUUGAGGAUGGACAGACAAGUGUUACGAUUAAGGUGCUGCAAGGUGAGAGGGAGUUGGUUAGAGACAACAAGUCUCUUGGCCGCUUCAUUCUAGAUGGUAUCUCACCAGCACCACGUGGAGUUCCAAGCAUCCAGGUCACAUUUCACAUUGAUGCCAAUGGGAUUCUAUCUGUCACUGCUCUUGACAAAGCCACUGGUAACAAACAAGACAUCACUAUUACUGGUGCCAGUAUAUUGCCCAAAGAUGAGGUAGACCAAAUGGUCAAAGAAGCAGAAAGGUUUGCCAAGGAUGACAAGGAGAUGAGAGAGGCAAUUGACAAUAAGAAUAAGGCGGAUGGGGUUGUGUAUCAGACGGAAAAGCAACUUAGAGAAUUUGGAGAGAAGAUUUCAGGUGAAGUGAAAGAGAAGGUGGAGGCUAAGGUGCAAAAGCUGAAAGUCAAGAUACAAACCGGAUCGACCCAAGAAAUCAAGGACGCCAUGGCAGCUCUUGAAGAAGAAGUGAUGCAGAUGGGUCAGUAUGUGUACAAUUAG